AUGCAGCCGGAGGGCAGAGCUGUGCGCGAGGUGGCAAAAAGUGCUGCGGCUACGCAGUGUAAGAGCGCAUCUUUUGCAGGGCCAAUGACUGCGGCGAUUGCAUCUGGGGCCAGUGAGUUGGUCGCGCGGGGUGUUGUCGCUCACGUUGACUUGGAGAUGGGCUACGGGAUCUUGCAGGCCGGCGGCUACGGACGUGUGCUGAUUGUCAGCCACUUCGACAGGGAGCUCGUUACGCUUGGCAACUGGCUGUCGGUGCGAGUGAAGCAGAACACCAGCAUCACUUGG